AUGCCCACCGACGUCGAAACGUAUCGAUACCAACGGAACUUGACAGUAUAUCAUUCAAGCGAUCAAUACAAACCAUACACACCUUAUCAAUAUUACCAAGGCACCAAGAACAUCCGUGACUUUCUUAACAAGUAUGGCAAACAACCAUCGGGAUUCUUGAACAAUUUACCAAUCUUUGAAUGCUUGGGGUAUCAAGAAUCGAUAACUGCAAGGAAUUCCGAUGCACUAAAAUACAAGAUUGCUGAGAACUAUAUGGAACGAGAGGAAAUUGAUAUAUCUAAGAAGAAGAAGAAGAAGAAUCAUGGGACGACGGACCUUGAAGAUGUAACAAAAAACUCUUACGGAUUUGAUAUUUCCCAAUUAAUCGAUUUUCACCACCAUCAUUAUGUAAAUGAUGAAUUUUCAAUAUAUCAGGCAAUUGCCAACUAUCCUAGAGAGAAAAAUCUAGAAGAUACUAGUGAAUUCGACGGGCUUUUAACUCCUGAAAUAUAUCAUCCCAGCACGUACUUCUCAAUUUCCAAACCCCACGAUAUAUUAACCUAUAUGAAUAAUUUUUAUGAGAUUCGGAUUGUGAGGAUUGGAGAAAACUUUUGCAUCGAGUCAUUUAAUGUGGAACUUACUGCCCAUGGCUGGAUCAUUGUCACCCUGGUCUACACUUAUAUGGGGGUCACCUACAAGACGAUAUUGAAAGAACACCACUCCAAAACAACUUUCUCCAUCAAAUCAUACGUUGAGUAUAAUAAUUUGAUUGAGAUUUUCGCCAAUUUCAUCUUAGACCAAAUGAUUCAAGUGGCGUACGUGAAGUUCGAUGGUCAUGGUGAUUUUUAUUGUCCGGUGUGUAUGAAUGACGAUUCGGAAUCGUCAAUAAAUCCGGUGAGGAUCUUGAAAUGUCGACAUACGUUAUGUCAAGGAUGUUUGAAAGAGUGGAGUCAUAUCAAAUCGCAAUGUCCUUAUUGUAACGCCACGUUUUCUAAUUUCAAAAAAUUCCCCCGUUAUUUGACCCAUCAACAGAUAUUCAUGUCGAAAUAUUGGAAGUUGAAAGUGUUGCUCAAUGAUACGCCAAUGUUUCAGCUACUACAAGAAUUUGGGAAAUUACAAACUGGGUUAGUGGAGCCAAGCUUGAAUGUAAACAUGAUCAGUUUGAUGACAAUCUUGACCAGUAAAGCUAAAAUGUUGGCAAUGACCCAAGACUUUGACAAGCGGGAAAUCGAUUUUAAUAAGUGUAUUGAAAUUGAUAAUUCGUUGAAAUUUGAAAAUUCCAAACAAUCACUAAGCGAUGAUCUAAUAGGGUAUCUUUCAGUGAUUGCCAAUAAUCCAGAAAGAAGAAAAACGAAUUUCCCUAAAAUAAUGGGGUUCCAAUCGUUGAUUUUUUUAGGGGACUAUUUGUUCAAGGAUUGUAUUAAGAAAUUCCAGUUUCAAAAAAUUGGCAAGUUUGAAUCCCGCCAGAUCGACAAUAUACAAUCAAAUUCGAAUUACGAUGAUGAUGAUGAUGAUAAUGAAAGUGCAUCGCUUUUAAGACACGUCGUGCCAAAGAAAAGCAGUAAUAGUGGAGGACCAAUGCUGUUGUUGAGGAACCUUUUCCAAGAAAGUGUGUCGGAUUUGGAAAAUAAAAUCAAAUAUCCUUUCACUUACGACACGUAUUUUCGUAACUAUGAUAAGACGGUCAUGAGGCUAUAUGAUGACUGGAUCGAUACGACGAUUCUUGAUGCCCAUCAAGUUUUUAUUCGACCAAGAAUCGGCAUUUCCCUUGCGGUGAUGUUCCAAAAAAACCCCAAUCUAUUCCAAAAAUUGCUCCAUCAGCAAAUCCUGGAGUAUAAUUUUUUAGCGAAUCUCGUGAAGAAAAAACACCAACGGAAGAUGGGUAAGCCCAAUGACUCUUUGAUUCCCAAUAUAAAACAAACAAUUGAGGCCAAGAAGUAUACCUCGGCUCCCGUCACUGAAAAUGAAUUAUUGUGGAUGGAAAUCGUGGUGACAUUAUCAGAUUUGUUCGAGAUGAGCAUUAUUUUUUACAAAGAGUUUAAAAUUAUGGCGAAGCAAUUUGUGUACCACAAGAAAAUUGGCGAAAAAAUUCAGGGGACUAUAGAAAUGGUUUUGGAUUCACAAAUCGUUAAUGAUUUCAUUUACAUGCUCUUAUCACCUUCGGUAGCACCCCAGUUGCGUAGUUUCACCAGAGGACCGAUGACCAAGCUCACGAUUUUGCUAGCUUUUGAGAUUGUAAUAUUGUCAAUGUUGAGAGGCUAUAAAUUUUGA